AUGGGAGCAAGCGUAGACGAUAUUAGAAGUUGUGAAUGUGCUGACAACUGCCAAAACGUCAUUGUUGAGUACAAGUGCCCAUGGCUACACAGAGAUCUGGAUCCAAAAAAAGCUUUCUUAACCAAAGAAAUCGGUGGAUGUGAAAUUGGAAAUACAUUCCGACUUAAAAGAGAUGCAAAAUAUUUCUACCAGAUCCAAAUGCAAAUGUUUGUGUUAGGUCUAAAGUCAUGUGAUUUUGUUGUUUGGACCACAAAAGGAAUCAAGAAUAUAGAAAUUCCAUAUGAGUCAACAUUUAUGGAAACAGUAUGUAUUAAGUUGGAGAAAUUCUGGAUUUCUCAGGUGGUCCCACUGAUGUUGCCAGCAGUCAGUGACUUACCAAAUCAAGGUACCUAUUAUUAUUCCUUUAAGUGGAAUUACACCCAAAUAUAGCCUACUUUGUCAUUUUACUAUCUAAUGGCUUUGUUGAAUCUUUUAAUUAUAGAAAUGGAAAUUCACCAACCCGAUGUGAAUGACAGCUUGAACCUCAGUAAAACUAAUAACAUAGUUGAGGAAACAAUCACUACCACUUCUCGACCUUCUCUUGUCAGCAACAUAACCAGCUUUACAGCUUAUGGUGUUAGUAUUACUGCUCACGAUAUUGCAUCAUUGGCUCCAUGUGAAAUGAUUAAUGACAAUAUGGUUACUGGUUUUUUGAGGUAAGUUAGUCUUACAAUAAAAAGCCCAUGUGCCCCCUCCCUAGCAGCAACAUCAAUCACCCUACCUAGUUGCAAGAUGAUUUUACUAGUCACAUUAGCAGGAUCACUAGAAUUAAUAGGGAUCCCACUUAAAGUUGGCAUAUCCAUGCAGGUUUCCUUUAAUCUGUCAAUGAAAGGAAACCUUGGAAAUCCAAAGUACAAACCUCACUAACACACUUGUCAUGAAUUAAUAAAAGACGUGCCAAAGGUGGCAUGGGCUAUCGUAUAGAUAAACUUCUGAUAUUAUGUAGUAUACUUUAAUUAAAGGGAACAACCAUGUCAGUUUCCAAUAGUGGACUGUCUAUUUUAUUCUGUGUUGUCUGGUGAACAAGAUGGAAUGUGGACCUCAUCACGGUACAGUGUACAGCAAUAUUUUGACAAUCAUGUGCAAAUUGUUGACAUACUAGGCUCACUGAACAGUUUGAUAUUUUUAGACAGAGCAGAUUAAAAGCUGCUGAGAAGUUUUUCAAACCAGAACAUUAUCAGAAUGAAUAUGUGGUUUUACCUAUAGUGAGAAGGUAUAUGCAUAAGAUGUAUUUUGUUGUGUUGUUGAGUUCAUUCACCCAUUAACAGGCAAGGAUCUACCAUUGACGAGUAAAAUCGUCUGGCAUUACACAGAUGGCACAUGAGGAAUGAGGGUUCAAUGCAUAUUAAUGGGUGAAGUAUGCAGUAACCAUACUUGUUCACUGCAUUACCACUAAUGUAAUUUUUUUCUGUUACUUUACAAUAUAGUAAGCAUUGGUUUCUUAUGAUUCUUACCCCAUGGUAGGUAAAUAAGUCCAUGAUUAUUUCCACAGUCUCAUAUAAUUUAACUUAGAUAUACAAAAAUUAUACAAACUGUUGAGUGUUUUGAUACAUUUUUAUCCAAUUUUCAGGCAUAUACUUGUUCUCGAUUCUUUGACCUGGGACAUGACAAACAGAGUUAAUUAAGUUGAUCUUUGCACAAGGUAAACUGUCUUUUGAAUUGUAUAGACAAAAAAUAUGUAAUAUUAACUUGACUCAAAUCUCUAUUCACAUUUCAGAUAUCUUGAUCAUAUGUGUGAAGUGAACAAGUUAGAUAAGAAACAUGCUGUUCUAAAACCUGCCACCUUAAAGGUAUUAACUAAGUAAGAUAAUUAUAUAUGAUCCCAUAUAAAGUGUCAAAUAUGUAUUUUGCAAGUUUGGCAUGUAUUGAUUGGCAUGUAUUGAUACAGCAGUCUUGGGUGGGUGGGUGGGUGGGGUUGGGUUGGUGGGUGGGCGGGUGGGGGGUUGACAAAAAUAUUUGUAAAAAUCUCAUUUUUUAAAUUUGCAGGUACCCCAGCAAGGCAUUUACCUGAGCAUGUUUUUGGAGUAUUUCAUGAAGGUAUAAAAAAGUGCAAUUGCUUUUUAGCUUUUCAUGUUUUGUUUUAUCAAUGGUUUAGUUUCAUUGAUUUGAUAAACUUUACCUGGAAUAGGCUGAAUUUUUACACCUUGGGUUAUGUGUGUCAUACUUUUAUAUUUUUUUUUUUUCAAAUAUAAAAUCAACUUUCUGGAUUUUUACAGGAAAUAGAUAUGUAUGAAAAUGAUCCUGCCCUUUACACACAGAAGAAACAUUCUUGGUUCACCAGAGAGGAAGCCCAAAACAAAAGAGUUGAGGUUGAAAGAUAUUGGAGGACAUUGCAUGCCCUUCGUGUUAAGAGACAUAAAACAUUGUAA